UUGUGUUUGAUUUGCUCAGUGAGCAGGUGCUUUGCGUCAAGCUUUAAUAUUUCUGAUGGUAUCUAAGGGAUCAGGAGACCUUGCGUCUUUGUCUCAGGGCUGCUCCGGUAUGUGUAUGCGUCACGUGUUUGUUUAGCAACAAACGAGGAAGCACACUGAGACAGAUGGCUUGAAACCACAGCCUCCAGUGACAUCACAUCGUAUCAUGCCUGCAAGGUCGCACGUGGUUCAGGUAAAACCAGACAAGCGACAUUCUGAUGAAUCUCUUUGUCCCUCCCUCUUGUUUAAUUGUCUCUUUUUCCCAUGCGUGUGUUUAUUCCUCUCCACUUCGUCUGAGUGUUACUCCUGCCAAGGCGAUCAUGGAUUACUCUCAACCCUUCUCAGUCCUCAACGAGAGGCUGAGACCUCGAUCCUCUACCAAAGAGCAGCUCAUCUCUUCCUUGGGCAGACUGGAGAACAGAAAGCUCGACUCGUUCAGGAGCAAAUCCACAUCCUACACUCAAUCCAUGCUUCAGACAGAGCCAGAGCCAAAAGUCUCCAUAACAGAUCCAGAAGAUCUGGAGGAAACCAAAAGCUACGAAGAGGAAGAAGAGUUGAAGUGGACGAUGAGGAGAUGAGCACUGAUGACAGCAGCGUCACACAUUCUGAGGAGACAGACAGCGCAGGGGAGCUGGUUUCAGUGGGGACAAGAGACCCUUCAAAGUCUGAUGCAUCAAGUGAAGCAGAGGGCUCCUUCCAGAGGUCCUGCAUGGACAGAUCCCUCCCAGACCUGAUAAAGAGUGGCAGGCCGCUCUGCAGACGCAGAACCGUGGCGCAUGUCUCGGAGACGCUUAAGGAAGUGCGCAGAGAAGUGGAGCUGUCUCGGAGACGAAGUAUCAAACUCAAGGCCCAAGUGGACAAACUGCAGGAGAACAGAGACGGACCGGGCUGGAGCAAGCACAAGGAGAGCGUCACGGAGGAGGUUCUGUCGGUUCUGGGGUUGCUGCAUCCUCUGGUGGAGCCGGAGUUCAGCCAGCCAAAGCUCGGCGGCGGCGGGGAAAGCCGCCUGGAGACUGCUGUGGCCCAGCUGCAGAUUGUAGCUCGCAAACUGGUGAUCAGCCACAGCAAGCAGGAGUCCAAAUCUGGAACAGAGGACAGCGGUGUCCUCCAGCAAGCACUGAGGGACAGAGACGACGCCAUAGAGAAAAAGAAGGCGAUGGAGGCUGAGGUGCUGCGCAGUAAGACGGAGAUGAUGGUGCUGAACAACCAUCUGCUGGAGGCUGCACAGAAACGUCUGGAGCUCUCACUGGAGCUGGAAGCCUGGAAGGAGGACUUCCAGCGGCUUCUGCAGCAGCUGGUGCAGAUGCAGCAGCAGGCGGAUCAGGCCCAGAAGAAAUCUUCUCGCAUGGGCAUCCUGAGGAGAAUCAACAAGACACCCGUCCAGCGUCCGGCCAACUGCCCUCUGCCAGCGACAUCGACUCCUCCUACAACCAACUCCAAGCAGAUCUACAAGAUAGAAUCUGCAGGUUCUGCCUCUCCCACUCCCAGCAGCAGCAGCGGAGGAAGUGGGAGCAGCAAAGGCACCUGGAAGUUGAAAUCCAAAAAGAGCAGGAACAGUCGGCUUUGGUAUCAGGAGCAGGACUCAGAUCACUGCAAGUACGAUGACGGCUUCCAGGUCGUGUCACUGGACUAAAACGUUAACCUGAUUCACCGAUCUUACACUAAACCUUCCUGAAAACACUCAAAAGCAUCCUGCUCAUUGAGUUUGAGUUUACCAGUUUGAUACUAGAAAGCCAUCGGUCUGGGUAAGAGCAGGACUUCCCGAUUCUCACACUGAUGGAAAAUGCUGUUAAUGAACAUGUUAAUAUAUUUAGCAUUUUUCUGUGAAUUAGGAGCAAUGAAGUAGAUGGGUGGGUAGAUGUGGGUAAAAAAAACAAACAAAAAAAAAACAUCACAGGAACUUAAUUUAUAUAUUUUAAAUGAAGAUUUAAAUGUGUAUACUGGAAAACAUCUGGAUUUUAGAUCUACGUAAAAAAUAUAUCAGUGAA